UGGUGACGUCACCCGCCCCUUGCGCGGCUAGUGCGUCUAUUGCUGCCCUGUCUAGCUUUUUGCUGUGGAGAUCAUGGCCUCUCGCAGAGCUUUGCACUUCGUGUUCAAAGUGGGAAACCGCUUCCAGACAACGCAUUUCUUCCGCGAUGUCCUGGGGAUGAAGGUCCUGCGGCAUGAGGAAUUUGAGGAAGGCUGCAAAGCUGCCUGUAAUGGGCCUUAUGAUGGGAAAUGGAGUAAAACAAUGGUGGGAUUCGGGCCCGAGGAUGAUCAUUUUGUUGCAGAGCUGACUUAUAAUUAUGGCAUCGGAGACUACAAACUUGGCAAUGACUUCCUGGGAAUCACACUCACUUCUAGCCAAGCUGUCAACAAUGCCAGGAAGCUACAGUGGCCGCUCAGCGAAGUUGCAGAAGGAGUUUUUGAAAUUGAGGCCCCAGGAGGAUAUAAAUUCUAUUUGCAGAAUCACAGUCUACCUCAGUCAGAUCCUGUAUUGAAAGUAACUCUAGCAGUGUCUGAUCUUCAGAAAUCCUUGAAUUACUGGUCUAAUCUCCUGGGAAUGAACAUUUAUGAACAGGAUGAAGAGAAGCAGAGGGCUUUGCUGGGGUAUUCUGAGAACCAAUGUAAGCUGGAGCUACAGGGCAUCAAGGGCUCAGUUGACCAUGCAGCAGCUUUUGGAAGAAUCGCCUUUUCUUGUCCCCAGAAAGAAUUGCCAGAUUUAGAAGACUUGAUGAAAAGAGAGAAUCAGAAGAUCCUCACACCCCUAGUGAGUCUUGAUACCCCUGGGAAGGCGACUGUACAAGUCAUCAUCCUGGCUGACCCUGAUGGACAUGAAAUUUGUUUUGUUGGGGAUGAAGCAUUUCGAGAACUUUCUAAGAUGGAUCCAGAGGGAAACAAAUCGUUGGAUGAUGCAAUGGCAGCAGAUAAAAGUGAUGAGUGGUUUGCUAAAAGAAGUAAAGUAAAGGCUUCAGGUUAAUGGAAGACAUCAUGUGAAACAAGCAUCUGUAAUUUCCAUCCAGUACCCCGAAGCCUGUUGUAUCUGCUUAUGAUAAAUGCUCUUACUACUUGUUUGUGUCCUGUGCAGUCAAGGCGGCCUGGCUGCUGAAGAUUUGUGUCUUUCAAUCUCUGAAAGUGCUGGUACAGUUUAGAAAUUAAAUCUGAUUAUCAUUGCUCCAAGUAAAGGAGAAUUCUUGCUAUAAUCUGCACUGUCAGUAAAUGGCACAUUCUAUGUAACUGUAUUAAAUUAGUAACAAAUUAUUUUUUAGACUGGGAUAGUUUAUGGGACAUUACCCUUGCCUGGGAAUGGAAGGAAUUUUGAUGAGCUGUGACUCAUCAGAACUGACAGAUUCUAUUGGAGCAAAUGUUCAAAUAAAUCCAGAUCAAUUGCUUAUGAUGGUUGUACUCCAAGCACCUCAUAAUAAGCUGUUCUAACAUCUUGCUCUGGAAGAUGGUCUUGACAUUCAACUUUUUUAAAAAAUUCUGUUCCUUGGAGAAAAAGACUUAGUUAAACCCCCAUUUUACCUGCUUUUACAUCUUGAGUAGCCAGAGAAAACAGAAGGAUUUUAUGUGCUUUGACACCUGUGGCUCUGUGCUAAUAUUUUUUAAUUCUCUCAAGAAAGGAUCCUAAAAUAGGUUAAAUUGGGCUGGGGAUUUAGCUCUGUGGCAUUGCACCUACCCUGCAAGUGCAAGGUCCUGAAUUCAAUCCUCAGUACGGGGUAGCGGGGAAUAGGUUAAAUUAUUUCUUCAGCCUGAAAAAAAUUAUGUUUUCUCUUUGGCUCUACACAAGUUAUUUUUAAUCACUGGAAACAAAAUUGUAUUGCAUAUAU